AUGGCUUUGCGACUGCUUUCCUCCAAUCCGCUCCCCCAAAUAUUCCCUCGACUUGUCCUACCGUCGAAAUCUCUGCGUUUUACCAUCAGCCUUCCGUCACAACACCAUGUCUUCCUUUCCGCUUUUCUCCGACCGGUUGCUUUUGCUCUGAAUGUUCCUGGGCUUUUAUCCGAUUUAUGGGAGUCCGUUCUUCGAGCCGUUCCAAAGAAAAAGACGUCCCACAUGAAGAAAAGACAUAGACAGAUGGCCGGCAAGGCCUUGAAGGACGUCAGGAACCUUAACACCUGUCCUGCUUGCGGUCAAAUAAAACGCUCUCAUGUACUAUGCCAACAUUGCGUUGAAAAUAUUAAGAAACAAUGGGGAAAGACCCAAUUGUCGUGA